AUGAAUGGCCAUAGUACUCAGAAAACAAAAUCAUUGUUUCAACGUUUAUCACAAACAAUUGUACCAACACAUUAUGAUUUGACCAUUCAACCAAAUCUUGACACAUUUAAAUUCAAUGGAUAUGUUAAUAUACAUUUAAAAAUUAAAGAACCGGCAGGUAGUAUUGUACUUUAUGCAGCUGAUUUAGAAGUUGAUAAUGCGAAAGUAAAAUCAACUGCAAAUGAUGAACAAUUAGGUAAAAUUGAAUUUGAUAAAGAAAGUGAACGUAUUACAGUCAAUUUCGAUAAGAAGCUUGAAACAGGUGACUAUGAAUUAGCUUUCAAAUUUGCUGGUGAAAUAAAUAAUCGCAUGAUUGGCUUCUAUCGAAAUAAGUAUACAACACCUGAUGGUAGUGAAACUCGUUAUGGGGCUAGUACACAAUUUGAACCGGCUGAUUGUCGACGCGCAUUUCCAUGUUGGGAUGAGCCAAAUUUUAAAGCUACAUUUGAUAUAACAUUAAUAACACCAAAAAAUCUUUGUGCUAUUUCAAAUAUGCCUGUUAAAUCAGAAAAUGAAUAUGUCAAUGAUAAAGAAUGGAAAAUAACAGCAUUUGAUCGUACACCAAUUAUGAGUACAUAUCUUGUGGCUUUUAUUGUUGGUGAAUAUGAUUAUGUUGAAACAAAAGAUUCCAAUGAUGUUAGUAUGAAAGUUUAUACAUUAGUCGGAAAGAAAGAACAUGGAAAAUUUGCACUGGAUACAGCAGCAAAAGUUCUUCCAUUUUAUGCAGAUUAUUUUAACAUUAAAUAUCCCAUUGCUAAAGCUGAUCAAAUUGCUAUUUCAGAUUUUCCUAGUGGAGCAAUGGAAAAUUGGGGUUUAAUAACUUAUCAUGAAACAGCACUUUUAAUUGAUCCAAAAUUUUCAUCCGUGGCUUCACGACAACGUGUAGCUAAUGUUGUUGCUCAUGAACUUUCACAUCAAUGGUUUGGCAAUUUAGUAACUAUGGAUUGGUGGACUGAUUUAUGGCUUAAUGAAGGAUUUGCAAAAUGGAUUCAAUUUUUAGCUGUUGAUAAAUUCUAUCCUGAAUUUGAUAUUUGGACACAGUUUGUUGCCGAUAUAUAUGCAGGAUUUCUUAUACCAGAUGCUUUUAAAUCGUCACAUCCAAUUGAAGUACCUAUUGGUCAUCCAGCUGAGAUCGAUGAAAUUUUCGACGUUAUUUCAUAUUCAAAAGGCUCAUCAGUUAUUCGUAUGUUACACGAUUAUAUUGGUGAUGAUGCUUUUCGAAACGGUCUUCAUAAUUAUUUAAUGGAAUAUAGUUAUAAAAAUACAAUUACUGAAAAUCUUUGGUUACAUUUAACUAAAGCAUCAAAUAAACCAGUUAAUGAAGUUAUGUCAUCAUGGACACGUCAAAUGGGUUAUCCACUUUUAACUGUAACUGAAGAACAAACAGAUAAAAAUCGUGUAAUUAAAAUAAAACAACAACGUUUUAUUGCUGAUGGUAGUGUUGAUGAGGAAAAGCUUCAAUGGAAAAUUCCCAUCACUGUUUUUACAAAAUCGAAUCCAAAACAAAUUGCACAACAGGUUCUAAUGGAUGACCCAGAAAUAACAAUAAAAUUAGAUAAUAUUUCUGAAAAUGAUUGGAUUAAAUUAAAUUAUAAUGCCAUUGGUCUUUAUCGUGUUAAAUAUGAAUCACAAACAUUAGCACGUCUUAAUGAACCAAUUGUUAAAAAAACAAUAAGUCCACAAGAUCGUCUCAUGAUACAAAAUGAUCUUGCUGCUUUAUGUAAUUCUGGUCAUCAAUCAUUUGUUGAUUAUCUUAAAUUUUUACCAUCAUAUACAGAUGAAGAUAAUUUUACAGUAUGGAAAUCAAUCGCAUCAAAUAUCGGUAAUUUAUCAUCAAUACUUGAAUAUACAAAUUAUUUUGACGAAUUUAAAAAAUAUUGUUUAAAUAUAUAUUCAUCAAUACAAAAGAAACUUGGUUGGGAGGCAAAACCAAAUGAAGAUCCACUGUCAACUAUGUUACGUCCAAUGAUAUUAGGUAUUGUCGGUAAAUCUGGCGAUCAAGAUUUAAUUAAUGAAGCUAAAAAGCGCUUUGAACGUCAUAUUGCUGGCGAUUUAAUUGAUGAAAACAUUCGCGGAGCUGUUUAUGUUAUUGUUUCACAUUAUGGAGAUGAAAGUACACACGAAGCACUUCGUAAAUUAUACGUUGCUGCAGAUAUGGCUGAAGAAAAAGCUCGAUUACUUCGUUCAAUGGGUCACUCAAUUAAACCGGAAAUGAUCGAAAAUACAUUAAAAUUUAUAUUUGAAGGCAAUAAUGUACGAAUGCAAGAUUCAAUAGUUGGUCUUGCUACUUGUACAACAAGUCAUGAAGGGCGUGAUAUAGUUUGGAAAUUUUUACAAAAAAAUUGGAAAAUGCUUGUCGAACGCUUUGGUGAAAAGAGUCGUUUUCUUAUUCGUUUUGUUGAAUAUGGUCUAUCGGAUUUUGCUGAUGAACAAACGGCAAGUGAAAUAAAAUCAUUUUUUGAUACGAUGAAUACAGCAAUCGUUGUACGACCAAUAAAAAAAGUACUUGAAACAAUUCAUAUGCGUUCGGAAGUACUUAAACGUGAUUCCAAAGCAAUUGAAGGCUAUUUAAAACAACCAUAG